GAAAUGACCCGGAUUCAAACUUUCAUUCCAUCAGACGGCUUGCUAAAAACAUCGAAAUAUCUGUGAAGUCUUGUGGAAGUUCACUAAUAUACAGAUGUGUGUACAUUGAGAAUGUAUAUGUGAGCAUCAAUGGACACGGAUCGACGCCUCGUUGUUAGGAAUUGACGUCAGGAGGUGUAGCGACUGUUUCCACGGAGCACGGACCGUCUCCAGGACACUACCAAGAUCGUUCAGACCCUUCCUGGUGAUAUACCUGCUCCAGGAUGACGUGCAGGGAUCGCACCAAUGAGUUUCAGUCCGCUUGCAAAUCCCUACAGACCAGACAGAAUGGUGUUCAGCCCACCAAGCCGGCCCUCAGUGCGCUCAAGCAACGCAGUGACUUCACCCUCAUGGCCAAGAGAAUAGGAAAAGACUUGAGUAAUACGUUUGCUAAACUAGAGAAACUCACUAUAUUGGCUAAAAGAAAAUCUCUAUUUGAUGACAAGGCAGUGGAGAUUGAAGAGUUAACCUACAUCAUCAAGCAGGACAUUAACAGCCUGAACAAGCAGAUAGCCCAGCUGCAGGAUCUGAUUCGUUCACGUGGAGCUCCCAGCGGCAGACACAUCCAGACCCAUUCCAACACCAUCGUUGUCUCCCUGCAGUCCAAACUGGCAUCUAUGUCCAAUGACUUCAAGUCGGUUCUAGAAGUAAGAACAGAGAACCUGAAACAGCAGAAGAGCAGAAGAGAACAGUUCUCUCAGCCUCCUGUCUCCUCUUCUUCUCCUCUCCUCGCCAACAACUUCAAGAGUUCAGUGUUGAUGCAGGAUGAGUCCAGGAGCAUGGGGAGUGAGGUGGCCAUCGACAUGGACAACCAGUCUAACCCUCUACAGCUCCAGCUCAUUGAUGAGCAGGACUCGUACAUCCAGAGCCGUGCAGACACCAUGCAGAACAUAGAGAGCACCAUCGUAGAGCUGGGCUCCAUCUUCCAGCAGCUGGCUCACAUGGUGAAGGAGCAGGAGGAGACAGUACAGAGGAUUGAUGCUAACGUGGAGGACACUCAGCUCAACGUGGACAUGGCUCACACAGAGAUCCUAAAGUACUUCCAGUCUGUGUCCUCCAACCGCUGGCUUAUGGUCAAGAUUUUCCUCGUCCUCAUCGUCUUCUUCAUCGUCUUUGUGGUCUUCCUCGCCUGAGCAGGGAGAAACGACAGAGAAAGAAGGGAAUCAUGAAGAAGAGAAGGAAGGGGGGGGGGAAGUCUGAGGUUGUGUCACUCCUAGUGUCUCUUCUGAUAGGUUGUCACUCCUAUAAAACAGUAGUCGAGCAAUAGUUCCGGCGGGGUCAUGCUGUCUGAAAUAAGACAAUGGGAAAGCUUGGACUGAGAUGAGGGGUUACCACAGCAACGGGGCAGUGGGAAUGGAGUGUUAUUGGAUGGUUUGGGACUUGAGGUCCAGUAGACCAACAAAUUACAGUAGUUCUCCCCCCACAGAGAUGAAUGAAAUACCUGUAAUGAAAAGGAUAUGGUAUCGAAACACUUGACCAGAAUAUGACCAGAAUUCUUGUCAUUCUGUUCUUUGUUACUUUAGAGACUAAAUCAUCAUAAAACAUUUAAUCAAAAAUUGCUAUUUAAUGGUUUGAUUCUGCAAACUAGUGUUGGUUUUUGGUAAAUUUUAUUCUAUUCCUCGUAGUGUUGAUUGGUGGUAAGACAGGAAGGGCUUACUCAUUAACUUCCUUUCUGUGAGCACACAAAAUACUGGAGUUUUCUUUCUCAUAUUGUAAUUAUGUAUUCUAGUUUUUGUUCCUCAUUAUUAUCCUCUUAUUAAAGAGAGGGACUUUAAGAACUUCUCGCUCUAUCAUUCACACCACGCAUGAGUGAAAACAGUUUUUGUUUUGUUGGGGGGCUUUCAAUCUUCCUUAUUUGCCAAAUGGGUACUUUCAAUUUCAAAGAAAUGUGACAAGACACCUGUGGUAGGAGCUGUUUUAUGAAGUACGGGAGGGUUAAAGUUGGUUUAAACUGAAGAGGACAUUCCCUUCAUAGAUCCAAUCAUAAACACAAUGUGACGAGUCAGACCCAAACAGUUUAUAACAAGUUACAUAACUCUGCUAUUGCAGAAUUAACAGUUUAGAUGAUCUGGUUUACCUGCCAGCAAGUCAGCUGGGGUCAGUUUGAAUACUGUUACCUGUUGUGUGUCCCAAAUGCCACUUCCUAUACAGUGCACUACUUUGAUCAGAGCUUUAUGGGCCUUGGACAAAAGUAGUGCACUAAAUAGGGAAUAGGAUGGGUCUCAAAUGGCACCAUAUGUCAUUACUUUGUAUUGUCGCUUGAGAAACCCUUAUUAACAGGUUAUAACAGCUGUUAUUAACAGUUGACAUGUUGAUGGUUAUGACUGGGUAUGAUGUGCUGAAUGUACACUAGUGAAGUGACUUUCUCUACCAAACUUCUCUGCAACUGGUCAGUUUGGGCCUUACUGCUUUAUUGGAGACUGUCCUCUUCAUUUCCUCUCUAUCUCUGAGGACAGACGUCUCUGAGGACAGACGUUUAUGUACAGGCGAUUAUUUAACAACCAGAAUUUUGUUAAUAAGAAAACACCUAUUUCUUCCCUUUUUUUGCCAAAUGCCUUGACUUCUACAGUGUAUAAAGUGCUAAUGUAUUGGAAAUAAGUGCAUAUUAAAAAUAACUAUGGGGAAGUA